AUGCCCGCCCCAGCAUAUCCCCUGCCCGCAUCGCCAUCCCCCCUCCAGCUCUACCGCCACCUCCUCCGAGAAUGCUCCUACCUCCCGCCAGUCUUCCGCACCGAGAUCACGUCGACGAUCCAAGACCGCUUCCACCGCCACCGCAAACAUGACCCGCGCGCAAAGGCUCAUCUCGCGCGAGCACGCACAGCCUUGCGAUCGCUCCGGGCGGCCAACAGCGGCGACAAGGCAGCCAUGGAGGGCUUAAUCUUCAAAGGCUUCGGCAGAUCAGGCAGCAGACGACGAGAAUUGAUGGCGAAGUUCGUGAUCCCGCAAGGCCCCAAAGACUCGAGCGCCCUCGAAAAGGCCCUCGUCUCAUCUGCUGGAGAAGGAGAAGGAACAGGAGAAGAAGGCGCAGAAAGCGCAGUCAAGGGCGCAACAAAGCUCAAAAAGGCCUUUUUCGAGAAAUGGGACCAAGACAAGCUCCUGCGGAUCCUAAGGUCGCAGCGACAGCAGCAGCGAGACACAAAGGGGACGGCCAGCUGGCCGGGGAAUCCCGUCAAGACAAUCGACCCCGACCAGUUCAUCCCUCAGCAGACCAUCUGGGGAAAGCCGCCCUGCGAGGCUCUGAAACAGACAAAGAGGGCUCACUGGUGGCGCAGAAAUGCCGACAAGAUCAUGCCGCCCUUGGGCAGGGGUGAAUGGGAGGUUCUCAAGGAGCUGACGGCUGGAGCCCAGGAGCGGAGCGAGUGGCAGAUACCGGCGAGGCGUCCGCUCGCAACCUCUCCGGCGGCAACGGAAGAUGAGCCUGCACGCGCGCAAUGGAAUUGGAAAGACUACGCGACGAAGCCGGCGGCCAUUGUCGAAAAGCCAAAGGCGCUCAAACAACAGCGGCGGACCGGGCAAAAGGACAAUGGCCCGUACAGCGUCAAGGAUCGCGACCGCGAGUUGUCCAAGAGGUGGUUCCAGAGGGCGUACAGCAGGACAUGGCAGCUCACACCAACCAUGACGCAGGAUCCCAACACGCUCAAGUACUCGUUCACCUGGGGCAGCAUUCAACCACGAUUCCCUCCCGCGGCCAAGCACCAGCUCGACAUAUUCGAAGGCGUGGAUGAGCGCGGUCGCAAACAGGACAAGUCACCAUCGUCAUGA